AGAAGAGGCUCUUCCCUUUGGUUGUGGACAGUGUUUGGUCCUUGGCCACAGUCUGGGUAGUUGUAAGUAGGACUUGAGCUGUGUUCUUUGCUGCAGCCCUCAAAAAUGAGUGAGGAGAGAGUGACAUAUGCAGAGCUGAAUUUACCCAAUUCAAGGAAACAGAAGGGCAAAAGACGUCCAAGGAAUAAAAAAAGAGAAUUUCCAUGGCAUAUUGUUGCUUUAUCCCUGGGAGUUAUGUGUGUUAUCCUCCUGCUGGCAAUCACAGGCUUAAGAUCUAUAUUUUUUCAGAAAUGUCCUGCACACACGAUGCAGAAUAAGAAUGACACAAAAGAAAAAAAUGCUUCCUUAGGAGAGGUUGAAGAUGACUCAAUUUUACCACCUAUUAUAGAUGAAGACUAUGCGUCAUUUCAAGGAAAUUGGCACUGCUGUGGAAAAAGCUGUUACUAUUUUUCAGAAGAAGAGAAAACUUGGGAGGAGAGUAAGAAGUCAUGUGAAUACAUGGAUUCUAGUCUCAUUACGAUUGAUAAUAAAGCGAAGCAGUAUUUGGAAGGAGUCACACUUGUAAGGGAAGAUGAGUCUCUCGCUUUCAUGAGUGGCCAUGGGAAAAAGGAUGAAAAAUAG